CUCCACGAACACAUCACAUCUUCCUGCAAUUCACGAUAUAUUUUCUCUUCAUUGUCCGUACCGUUUUCUGAAAAUCCAGCGUUGAAUUAUGGCCAUUCCCAAAGUUCUCCUCGCUUCUCUGCUCAUCUCCCUGCUAGUUCUCCACCUUGUUCAAGCCGAUGUGCAGGCAAGCUCAAAAUCUCCGUACGACUACCCAAAGAAAAUCGAUUGCGGAAGCGCGUGUUUCACACGGUGCAAACUCUCGAGCAGACCGAGGUUAUGCCACCGUGCCUGCGGGACGUGUUGCAAACGUUGUAACUGUGUCCCGCCAGGUACGGCAGGGAAUUACGAGAAAUGCCAUUGUUAUGCCACCCUCACCACACAUGGCGGCCGCCGCAAGUGUCCUUAAACGCCACGAUUUCGAAACGCACCACCAAAUAUCCGCGUUUGCGGUUCCGUACGGUAUGACGUUGUCGUCGCUAGUGUCGUGAAUAUAUCUGUUGGUAUAUAAAUGUAUAUGAUUGAAUAAAAGCGGUGAGUUCUUGUGUUCACUGCGUAUACAUGGAGAGGAGCCGUUUGUUUUUUGUAUUAUAAUUUACGUGUAACUUUUUCUUUUUGGUGUUUGACUUUUUUUUUUCUUUGUUUUGGUUUGUGGAAGGUUGUAAUUUUAUUGUACUCAUUGUGUUUUCUAAUAAAAUUGUGUGCGAUUACAUA